CCCCCUCCUCUCCCACCGCACCGCCACUUUAAACCCGGCUUCCUUAGGGCCGCUCCUCCUCUCCGCAGGGCGCCCGUCAAGAACCGCACUGCCGCCGCCGUCAUCACCGCCGCCAAUAUGGCCGCUCUGAGGGAGCGAGCGGGCUCGGCUCUCGAAACCUUAAGGCCCUCCCUCUUCUCCCUCAGCAACUUUCUGAGGCCGCGCCGCGCGGGGCUUCACGGGAGUUGUAGUGCCGCGAACGACCAGACGCGCCUGUAGUAGCCCGGGGCGGAACAGCGCCCCGGGACUACGUUUCCCAGGGACCCAAGGGACGCCUGCCCGGAGGGGCCAAUGGGAAGGCUCUGUCUUUCCUUUUCCCCGCCCCCCCUCCGCCUCCGCCCCCUACCGAGCCACAGAAGGAUGAUGUAAUUGCAAAGCGGCUGAAGGGCGGGGCGGUCCUUCUGCGCUGCAAUUCAUUGUGCCAGACCCAGAUCGGUGUGCAGCCUCCUCCUCCCUCCCCCUGCUGUUGCUGCUUCCAGCAACCAGAGCAGCAGCAGCACCAGUGGCUGAAUCCCAAGCAAAAGGGGGCGGGAGUGGGUGGCUUGGUUGGUUGGGGAGGAAGCGGCGCACACACACGACCUUCUACAGUUUGCAUCCCAAGGGAACUGCUUCGCAAGCUUUGCCCCGCUCAUGUCUAAUUAAGUGACUUGGUUUCCAACCUGGCCUCUUGGCUUAUGUUCUUUGUAAAGGGCAGGGAGCAGCCGUCCCAAACCAGGUGAGUUGCGCGAUGCUGUUUUAAUUUUAUUUAAAGCAUUAUUUUCCCUUCUUCAUAUCUAUCAUCUUGCUAGUCUGUCUAAAAUCCGGAACGUGUUGUGGAUGUAUGCAUCGGCGGCGGCGUGGGGAAGGGUUGGGGGGUGGAAACACGCUUUGUCUCCUGGUUUCUCUCCCCUCCCUGCUGUUUGGAUGCAACAUCGCCCAAAGCAAAGUGAUAAUGAUAAUGAGCCGCCUCCUAACUCCGAAGAUUAUUGAUGAGCCCCAGCAACAAAGCCUUGGAGUUGUCUGCAAACCCGGUGUUUCCCCAUCCUCCUCCUCCUGUCUUUUUUUUUUUUUUCUUUUUGGGAAAGGUUACAUGUGCGGAAUCCCUACAGAGACGGGCUUGCUUGCUGAAUGCUUAUCAGGCAGUGUUUCUGCCUGCCUCUCCUCUUUCUUCCCCUUUCCAGAUGUUGGGGUGUGAGUGUCUGGGACGCUUGAAGCACCUAAUUGUGGCAUUGACUGAACAUAGCCGGGUGUGUUCGUGUUUUGGGGGGCUGCGGUGGAGAGUCUUUGGCACGUUGAACAAUUACUGGGUGCGAAAGAGAUGAUUUAAUGCAAGCUUCGAAGACUUGAGUCAGCUCCUUCCCCAUCACUCUUUCUGCCUCCUAUUUUUGCAAGAUCAGUAGAGGAUAUAAACGUAUGUGUGUGUGUUUAAAUGUCAGAAAUGUUUACUAUUGGAAAUGGCUCUCGUCUUUUUUUUUUAAAGAAAAGAUGGCAUAAGCAAUAGUCAUAGGGGUAGGCGAGUGGUGUUUAAAAUAGAGAAAAGAUAAUAGCCCUCCAGGAACCCCACGCCCUGGGUACAUUUACUCAGAAGUAAGCUCCACUGAGUUUGAUGGGGCUUAGGCUGCAGUCCUAAGCACCCUUCGACUUAGUGGAAUUUACUUCUGAGCAAAGUGCAUAGGAUCACACUGUAAUUUCCUAUAGGGGAGGGUGCAGUCCUACUCUCACUUGGAAGUUUAUCCUGUUGAAUAAAAUGGGACUUGCUCCCACCAACCGUAUUUGAAAACAUUGGUCUAUAAGACAUACUUUUGCAUGCAUGUAUGGUAAGGCUGAUCCUAAGCGUGCUUACUAAGAAGUAAGUUUCAUUCAGCUUGGUGGGACUUGUUUCUGAGGAAGCCUGCAUCCUAUCCCACUACAUAACCAAUAUGUUGCAAUGAGUAUUCCCACCUCCCAAAAAAGCCCACCCCAUUCCCUACUCCUGUUUUUGCUUUUCCUUAUGAUGGUUGCUAACAGGCUUGGAAUCUCUCUCUCUCUGUGUGUUUUCAACUCUGUAAAAACUUUGGCCACACACUAACGACAAAUUCCAAAUGACCAUAUGCAAGCCAUAAAUUGUCAGGGAAGCGGCUGUACUGGUCCAGUUUUAUUCUCUUGGCAACCAGAACGAGUCACUCACUGUUCUUAAUGCUGCCAAGAUGCUCAGAGAGAUGGAAGGCCCUGGGAAUGUCGGGAGAAAUGCCUGAUUGGCGAGGAGGAAAGCAAACAUUGACACAGCAAGGACUUGGGCUGUUCUGCUCUUUCUCCUGGGAUGACUGGCGUCUUAAAAUAGUCCGAAAGACUCCUAUUGGUCCUCUUCAUUUUUUUCAGGAGCCAUCCUCAGUUUUGCGAAGGUGGGUCUAUGUAGCCUGAGCCUCUGAAUGUCAGCUUGGGAAGUAAGCAUCACUGAGUUCAGCAAGUUUGCAUAGCUUGCAGCUGUGUUUCAGAUGCUUGAGCACCCUGAUGAAUUGAGUGCAGUCUUGUCAAAAGCCAUACAAGUUGCAAUACUUGCGUUUCUGAUAAGGCUGAAUUUUAGUUGAAGGGUCAUCGUUGCUCACUCCCCCACCCCCAAAUAUUAAUUUUGCGGACUGUGUGGGAAUCUGCAAAACUAAAUGUGACAGCUCUUUCUCUUCUCGAGGACUGAGAAUCCAAUGUGUGGGGAGGAGAUUAGAAGAGGCAAGUCACCUUCCCCCCAUCCCCAGUAUGAAGUUGUGUGUGGGUAAGGGAGAAUGAGUUAGGUCUGCUCAGCCCAGCAGCUUAACAUAUGACAAAUCAGUGUCUUAGUCCCAGCCCUACUACAUUAUAGCGAUUGUGAGGGUUUAUUAUUCUAACUUGCAAGAACUCCUGACUGCACAUUCUGUGCUACCACCGGCAGGAAUAUGCUGCGCCGCAGGCGGAUAAAUGCUCCAUGCACUGGGAAGGAGUUUUAAAAACAUUGCGUUCCCUGCAUACAGCGUUGUUCCUUAGGGAAGGGCUUUUCUACAGCCUGCAUGCACUUCUAUCAGCCCCAUCACCUGUUGUUCCAGUGCAAUCCGAAGGGGCUUAUUUCCAAAUAAACCUUCUUCAGAUUGAGCCGUCAGUGCAUUUGAGAUGCGCUGGCUGCAAUGGGCUUCUGCAGAACUGGUUUCAGGGAGCUCUUGGCAUAGUGCCCUCCGGUGGAACGCCUCAUGUGUCAUUAGCUUCCCCCUCACCUGGAGUGCUUCCCUGGCAGGGGUGGGCAGCCAUGGCAAUUUGGGCUGCUGCUUUUGAAUUUCCCACAAUGCUCCUUAAUGCAGCAUCAGUCAUGGGCAAUGUGGGAAAUUAAAAUGGCAGCUCCCCACAUGCAGUUGUCCAGGUGGGAUCAAAGGCGUCCUGCUGGGGCGCUAGGACGCUGCAUCUUGUCACUGGCUCUGGAGCCCUUAUCCUACCUUCAGCGCUCACAAUUUAUUUGGGAGCAAUCAUAGGUUUUUUGGGGGGGUUAUAUGCUGCCAGAGUAUAUGUUUCUUACGCAAACAUAUAAUCUGGCAGCAUAAAAUCCCCAAUAAACCAAAGGAUUGCUCUCAGAUAAGGAUAGCUCAGCAUGAAACUUUUAAUCUCAGGGUUGUGGGUUUGAGCCUUACGUUGGGUGAAAGAUUCCUGCAGUGCGGGGGGUUGGACUAGAUGACCCUCAGGGUCCCUUCCAAUUCUGCAGUACUCUGGUUCCAUGGUUUAAGUGUAUUCUGGACUGUGGUUGGAAGAAAGCUCAUUGACAAGCAGCAGGACUUUCUAUUCAGUGCCCCACCCCAAUAGCUACUGGGUUUACAAUGCCUUUGGGGAGGGUGUUAUGGGAUUUGGCUAAAGAGUCAGGCAGUGGGGCUUGUGGCUUUUAUUAAGAGACCCUUCCCUCCCCAUCGCCUAUAAUUAAUGCAAUUGAUGAAAGCACUAUGUGGAAGAACAGUGGGAUCCCAAGUUAAAUCCCACUGAUUUCAGCAGCUUGUCCAAGUAAAAGCAUACAGAGGAGAAAAACUGGUGGGUGUGUGUGUGUGUGUGUGUGUGAGAGAGAGAGAGAGAGAGAGAGAGAGUGUGAUCUGUCUUAAGUGGUUUGUGGAUUAUAGGCCUGGCGUCAUUGUGUUGGUUCCUGUACAGAGUUCCUUCCCUGGAAGGGAACGGCUGGAAUUGAAUCCAUAUGGCCGGCUAGCUGCCUCUCCUCCGCCGCUACUGCAUAGAUUUGUUCCUGCGCUUCCCUUGUGUAACUGACACUGUUUUGUCCUCUGGCAAACUUUCAUUGGAAUCGCAUUGCCCUGCGUGACAUGAGUUCAGGAUGAACAAUGAAACCCCCUGUUCCUUGAGAUCAACGCGUUUGUAAACACUGACACAAUGGCCACAAAAGCCGAUAUUGCAGCACAUCCUAUUUGAUAUCAUUUUCUUUAAUCUUGCGAGGGCCAUUCCCUUCCCGAGGGAUCGACAUUCCUCAGCUCAACCGCCUUGCAUUUAUAUUUUAUCUGAUCUCUUUUCCUUCCUUUAUUAUUGUUGUCAAAGGAGAGCAACAAUGCAGCGACAGCCCAGGUCCCUUCUGCUUUCCAUAGAUUUCUUUAUUUCUUUUGUGCCUGGAAUUGCUUCUUUUAUUUUACCCUCCUCAUCUUCUCCACCCCCACCCCUUUUUCUUGGCAAGUUGGGGGUAAAGAAAUAUGCAGUUUCCUGCACUGGCUAUAAAAGCAGAGGUUCUUCUAGGAGCGGUUUGCCUUGGCCCAGAAGGACGAGCUUUGAAAGUUCAGCCUGAUAAGUUUGUGCUGGGGGCUUCCUUGGUGAACUGGUGAUAUGUGAGCUAUGAGAAAACUAUGCAAGGACUUUAGGAAAAAGGGCGUGUUGGAGUCUCCAAUCCAAACAUAGCACUUUUGGAGCAUAUGUUGUUCAUAUAGUUGUUAAAGUCAUUUGUGUUACUGUGGGCUUGUUCAUUGUUGUUGCUGUUUUUAUUUUUAAUUGCCCUACAAACCAUUGUUCCUAAGGUUUGGGCUGGGUGGGGUAACAAUGCCAUUAUUCAAAAUACAAAUUGUAAACAAUAACAACAACUCUUCAUAGUUUCAGUUCUGUGCACCCUUACCGUGUUUUUCGCUCCAUAGGACGCACCCGACCAUAGGACGCACCUUGUUUUAGAGGGGGAGAGCAAGAAAAAAAAAUUCUUCCCCUCUCUGCUCAGCGCCCCUUCAGCAAAGCGGCAGGAGAAAUGGAGCCCCUUCCAUUUCUCCUCCCGCUUCGCUGAAGGGGCUUUGCGUAGCUCUCCCUCUCUGCUGAAGCCAGGAGAGUCUUGCUCUCCUGGCUUCAGCAAAAGGAACCUGAAGCCUCCGGAGCAUGGAGGAAGUGCUCCCUCUGUGCUUCGGAGGCUUCACGUUGCUAUUGCUGAAGCCAAGGAGCCUGCAUUUGCUCCAUAGGAUGCACACACAUUUUCCCUUAAUUUUUGGAGGGGGAAAAGUGCGUCCUAUAGAGCGAAAAAUACGGUAAUUGGGGCAAAUCACUUUUGGCCCCACCAAGUUCAAUGUGAUUUACCCCAAGUAUAAGCAUGCAAACUUAAUUUUAAUAAUGGUGUUGUCACCCACCCACUGUAGCACUUUUCUGAGCCUUGCAGUCUAGUCCAAUGCCCGUUUGUUCCAAACAGCCAUUGGACUGGACUGUAAAGUUAAGCAAAGCACUGUGUUGCUGCAGGUAGUGCUUUAUUCCAAGUGGAAAAUCCACCCACUUAGAUUCUGUAGAGAAGAAGAGCCUGUGCGGAAAUAAGCUUUUGCAAGUGCAGCUGCCGUGGAGAUACUUCUGGGUGCUCAUUUGGGCCCCAUUGAAUGGCACUUUGUGGUGUAGAUGUGCUUCUCCAUCUGGGCCUGCUGUUUAUUGCAAGCUCAUGGAGCUUGGUCAGAGACAUGGGAUUGCUGGUGAUCUCCUUUAUCUCAGUGAUUUCAAGUGGACAGCCGAUUUGCAGAAUGGACCCUUUCCAAGCUGCUUCAGAAGUCAGUUGAGCUGACCUACUGGGAUUCAAACUAGCAUGCCCACCCUGACAUCUCAAAGACCAGACUCAGAUAGCCUGAUUCAAUUAUUUGUGGAACGGCCUAUUAGUCUUUUAUUUUCUACCACUAAAUAAUUAGUAUGGCAGUAUUUGCUCCUUUUGGAGGGCCUUUAAAGCAGGCAUAGGCAAACUCGGCCCUCCAGAUGUUUUAGGACUACAACUCCCAUCAUCCCUGACCACUGGUCCUGUUAGCUAAGGAUGAUGGGAGUUGUAGUCCCCCAAACACCUGGAGGGCCGAGUUUGCCUAUGCCUGCUUUAAAGCGUUUGAGCAAAAUGCAAAAUAUGUUAUAAAGGAUGGGCGGGGUGGGGUGAGAGCCUUUGCACUUCCUAAAGGUAGAGAGAGCUAUAACUACAGACCCUCCAAGUGUCCCUAUUUCCCCAGGACAGUCCCGGAUUUACAGAAGCUGUCCUAGUUUCCGAUUUGAUUCUGAAAGGUCCCACUUUUCCUUAGAACGUCCCUAUUUUCGUCAAAGAAAUAUUGGAGGGUAUGGUGUUAGGCAAUCACCAAGCCAAGGAGAUAAGUAACUGUACAUACAACCUUUAGAAGACAGCUGUAUAGGAAAGUUUUUUAAUGUUUAAUAUUUUAUUUUGUUUUUAUACGUGUUGGAAGCCGCCCAGAUUGGCUGGGGCAACCCAGUCAGAUGGACGGGGUAUGAUGAUGAUGAUUAUUAUGAAAUAGGACGUCCCUAUGUUCAUCAAAGAAAUGUUGGAGGGUAUGUAACUAUAGCCAGCAAAAAAUACAUGCAAGUCAUAGAGCAAAUAUGUUUAUAGUUUGCGUUUAAAAGAUAUCCCAGAAACUGAGUUGCCUAGGCAUCUAAAUGUGUUAUUUUUCUUCUUCCCUGCACAGCACUAGCAUAUUGAUUUUUGGUUAUGAGACUGGGGAAUAAAAGUUUUUUUUAUUUUUUAAAAUCAGUUCUUAUCAUCUUAUGUGCAAAAUAAGAUGGCUAGCCCUGAUUAAAAAGCAGCCAGGAGGUCCAGGACUAAAUUCACUUUCAGUGAAACUAGAAUGUUUGUGACAUGGAACUAUUUGGCCAGCUAGGUUUAGACCGGGGAGGCCCUUUCCUAUACAGCUGCCUGCUGGGUUGGUGGAACGUAGGUAGCAAUCACACCAUUGGUCCAUCUAGAUUAGUGUCGUCUACAGCACUAACUGUGGGACGCGGGUGGCGCUGUGGGUUAAACCACAGAGCCUAGGACUUGCCGAUCAGAAGGUCGGCGGUUCGAACCCCCACGACGGAGUGAGCUCCCGUUGCUCGGUCCCAGUUCCUGCCAACCUAGCAGUUCGAAAGCACGUCAAAGUGCAAGUAGAUAAAUAGGUACUGCUCCGGCGGGAAGGUAAACGGCGUUUCCGUUCACUGCUCUGGUUCGCCAGAAGCAGCUUAGUCAUGCUGGCCACAUGGCCCGGAAGCUGUACGCUGGCUCCCUCGGCCAAUAAAGCGAGAUGAGCGCCGCAACCCCAGAGUCGGCCACGACUGGACCUAAUGGUCAGGGGUCCCUUUACCUUUACAGCACUAACCGUCAGCAGAUCUCCAGAGUUUCAGGCAGGGAUCUCUUCCAGCUUGUUUCUGGAGAUGCCGGGGACAGAAUAUGAGGCCUUUCUGCAUCCAAUGUAGAUGUUCUACUGCUGAACUACAUCUGUUCCCCAUCAGUUAUAAGGCUUGCUUCAUCUUCUGAGAUGAUUGUUGGGUGGGAUGGAAGCUGUAUGUUGAUCUAUAUCAUAGAAUCAUAGAGUUGGGACAGAUCAUCUAGUCCAACCCCCUGCAAUGCAGUUGUCCCAUACAGGGAUUGAACUUGCAACCUUGGCGUUGUCAGCACCAUGCUCUUACCAACUGAGCUAUCCAGGCUGAUAUAAGCCGCUGCACGUGAAGCCAGAGAUUCUAGCCCUGUAGGUUUCUGUACCUGACUAACACAUCAACUACUCACACUGUAAGCAAAUUAACAGACAAGCAGUUUGGAAAUAAAUGUGGGAAUUAGCAACACCCUGGAGGAUUCUGCGGUGGCCUUUCUUGAUGAAUAAGGAGUCUUCUUUGUUGUGCUGCCUCCUUUUAGUGCAAUGAUUUAAAUGGCGAAACGAUCCCUUUGCAGUAACUGUACCUUGUUGACAAUCCUAUGUAAUUUUAACUGAAACAGGGGUUGCGGACUGCCUGUUUUGUUCAAGUGGCAUAAUGGGAAAGUUAAGCUAUAUGUAAGGUCUAAUUUUGUCACUCACUGCCAGCACUGGGUUGUAGGCUUCAGCAGCAAGAACUAACAUGAGCACCUGCUGGAUUUUGGGGUGACGGGGCUGGCAUUGGAGCUGUUGGCCUGAGGUUCAUGCAGAACAUUCAUGGUUUGGGGUCUAUGCUGCAGUGUCCUGAAGUGAGCAGGAGGCAGCUGCACGGAGAUGGUCAGCCAGACAGGCAUGGCUUAAAAUAGGCCAUUGGCACAGGCAACACCGCAGCCGUGACCUGGGAGUAUUUAUGGCUCAGCUAGGUUAGGGAAGGCCGUAGGCUGUCUGGUGAGGACCAGAGCAGGAUAGUCCCACCCCUAUUUAUUCACUUGUCUGAGAAAACGUUUGGUCUGCUUAAUACUAGGAGGGAAAGACUCUAAGCAGUGUACAUAUAAACUAUAGAAAUAGCAUAAAAUCAUUAAAAACGUCAGGAGAAUAUUGGAAACGCAGAGGCACAGAAUCCAGGGGAUCAGGGAAGUCUGAGCACAGUCAUGUUUUCAAGAGGAGAUAAGUAGUCUUCAAGAAUGUGCUGUAAGAAAUGCCAAAAUGCAGUCCAUACACAACCUGCUUCAAAUCCUAUUGCUAGUCAUAAUGGCCGUAUUGACCUCCAGGCUUGGGUAGUUUAAAAUGUGUGCAAUCUGUCCUUGAUAUACCCGCCUAAACAUUUCACCCUCCAGAGGUUGUUGAGCUACAGUUCCCAUCAUAGAAUCAUAGAAUCAUAGAGUUGGAAGAGACCACAAGGGCCAUCGAUGGCCCUUGUAGUCUCUUCCAACUCUAUGAUUCUAUGAUUCUAUGAGUCCAACCCCCUGCCAAGCAGGAAACACCAUCAGAGCACUCCUGACAUAUGGUUGUCAAGCCUCUGCUUAAAGACCUCCAAAGAAGGAGACUCCACCACACUCCUUGGCAGCAAAUUCCACUGUCGAACAGCUCUUACUGUCAGGAAGUUCUUCCUAAUGUUUAGGUGGAAUCUUCUUUCUUGUAGUUUGGAUCCAUUGCUCCGUGUCCGCUUCUCUGGAGCAGCAGAAAACAACCUUUCUCCCUCCUCUAUGUGACAUCCUUUUAUAUAUUUGAACAUGGCUAUCAUAUCACCCCUUAACCUCCUCUUCUCCAGGCUAAACAUGCCCAGCUCUCUUAGCCGUUCCUCAUAAGGCAUCGUUUCCAGGCCUUUGACCAUUUUGGUUGCCCUCCUCUGGACACGUUCCAGUUUGUCAGUGUCCUUCUUGAACUGUGGUGCCCAGAACUGGACACAGUACUCCAGGUGAGGUCUGACCAGAGCAGAAUACAGUGGCACUAUUACUUCCCUUGAUCUAGAUGCUAUACUCCUAUUGAUGCAGCCCAGAAUUGCAUUGGCUUUUUAGCGGCCGCGUCACACUGUUGGCUCAUGUCAAGUUUGUGGUCAACCAAGACUCCUAGAUCCUUUUCACAUGUACUGCUCUCAAGCCAGGUGUCCCCCAUCUUGUAUUUGUGCCUCUCAUUUUUUUGCCCAAGUGCAAUACUUUACAUUUCUCCCUGUUAAAAUUCAUCUUGUUUGUUUUGGCCCAGUUCUCUAAUCUGUCAAGCUCGUUUUGAAGUGUGAUCCUGUCCUCUGGGGUGUUAGCCACCCCUCCCAAUUUGGUGUCAUCUGCAAAUUUGAUCAGGAUGCCCUUGAGUCCAUCAUCCUAGUCGUUGAUAAGCAUGUUGAUAAGCCCCUGCAAGCAUGGCCGAUGGCUUGGGAUGAUGGGAGUCCAGCAACAUCUGGAGGACCAAAGCUUCCCCACACAUGUCCUGAAAGGACCUGGGGCUUUAGAGCUCAGCACCAGCGUUGGCUGCAAGUUUGUUUCUGAAGAUGCCAACAGUUUUUCUCCUACGCGGCAGACACCGUUUGAGCUGAUUGCACUUGGUGAACUGUGUUUAAAGGCACUUCCAAGUGAAGCACUGUAAUUGGAUGUAGCAAGUUUGUGAGUCACUGAUGGAAUUUGCCUCAGAUGGGAGAGAAAUGGUGUGUUCGUGAGGGAGUGGGUGAUGCGUAUUGGGGGCAUAGUUGUCAACUUUUCCCUUUUCUUGCGAGGAAUCCUAUUCGGAAUAAGGGAAUUUCCCUUAAAAAAUGGGAAACGUUGACAGCUAUGAUGGGGGGGGGGGUGUUGGUUGGGCAAAGGGGUAGGUGGGGCCAGCGAGCGGAGCCCUUAGUGUGGGGCAUGCGUGUAAAAUCUUGGUGCAGUGGUUAACCACUGCUUCUUUCAAGGGGCCUUUAAAUAUGAUGAACUUUAUGAUUAGUUGUGUUCAGUGCCUUGGGAAAUCAUCUGAAGCAGAGAACAAAGGACAAAGUGCUUGCAGAGUGCCAUAUUUUUUGCAUUAGCAUAGGAAAGGGUGCCCUGAGUUCAUUUUUUCCUCCCAUCCUUCUCAACAGUUCAUGAAAUUUCAUCCUGCAGUAAAUAAGCAGUUCAGUUAGUGGCGCAACUGUGUUGACACGAAGUGAACACUUUAGUUUUAUUUGUAGCAACGCCUGCAGUUCUAAUAGCUGAGCUUUCUGCUUUAACACUUUCUUUAGACAUCAUUUCUCCCUAACGAGCUUGGCGUUAUUCACCAACCGAGCUAUCCCUGGUCAUUCAAAAUAGGAAGAGUCUUUCUGGUAGUUCUCCCAUCCUGUGGGUCAGGGGUAGGGAACCUGCAACCCAUGGGCCAGAUCAGGCCCGUCAAGGUGUUUGGGAUGGUCUGCCCGCCCCUUUGUAGUUGUGCCUCUUCCUUUCCUUGCAAAGAGACCUCCACUUCCUCUUGUGCACUGGCAUCGCUAACAGAUUGACAUGCUCUGGAAACAGAAAGGGCAAGGAUGGGUAAGCAAGAGGAAGAAGAGGAGAUUUUGCAAGGUUAGAAUGGAAGACGUGGUUCUCUGAAAUUUACACCCAUUGGUUCCACUCCUACCCCCUGGAGCAACAAUGCAAAUCUGCCUCCUCUUCUAUGUGGAAUCCUUUUAGGUAUUUGGAGGUAGCUAUCUCGCCUCUCCUGAAUCUUCUCUUCUCCCUGCUAAAUGUACUCUUUCAGCUGUGCUUUGUAGGACUUGGUUUGCAGACCCCUUACCGUUCUGGUAUCUCUCCUUUGAACACACUCCAGUUUGUCAAUCUCCUCCUAAAAAUGUGGCAUCUAGAACGAGACACAGUACCCAGAGUGUCUCAGGAACUGUAGUUUGUGAAAUGGUGUGCUGUUUGGUGUCCUAGGGCUCACUGAUGCCAGUGUUUGAAAUUAGACAGUGUUUGAAAUUAGCCACGCACCAGGUGCAUUUUGCACCCUGGCUAUCGUCCCCUUGCAAGCCAAGUGAAGAUGCCUGGGCACCAUCCCUGCAUGCCUGGGGAUCACUGGAUCUUGAUUGUUUUAACACACUUGUCAAGGCUGCCUCAAGUCUUAGCUCACAAAAGACCAACGCCUACGUCUUCUUGAAUACAAAGGUGUUUAUUGCAGUUCAUGGUUUGCUUGACAUCUUAGGCGCGCAGCCUUACGUCUCUUACGCUAGACCGCCGAAGUCCCGUCUGAGUCAGUCCCUCCUCUGCACCAAUUUAAGAGACUUGCGCUGCUCCACCUCUUUCUCUCCUUCCUUUUCCGCAGGGUCCUUCUACCCACUGGGGUUUCCCCCCUUCUGGAUUCCUCUGACGCGGAAUCAGACUGCUGCUCCCCCCUCCUGCGGGCUUUGGGACCUGGCUCCUCCUCCGGGCUCCCUGCACUUCCGUGCGCCUCUACAUUUGAACUAGGCGCGCGCGCCAAACCUCUAACUUUCCUUUUGACAGUUACACUGCUCCCUUCACUGCUCCCCUGGCCUUCCGGGAGGGCUGCUUGCUCUGACCCCCCUCCUCUCUCUGCUGCUGGAGCUCCUUCCUCUGACACACUGGAAACUCCACCCCCUUCGCUGCACUUUGGUGGGGAGGCUGGUCCUGACGCCCAGCUGCCACUUUGGGAUCCUCCGCUGGCACCCUGCUCCUGACAUUUCCCCUGGGGCUCCUGGCCCUGACCACCGGCGCCCCUUCUGGGAAUCCUCUGAUUCGCUGGAAAGACUCAUGGAAUCCCUUGAGUCAUUGUCGUCCUCUUCCUCGCUGGCUUGGAAUUCCUCCCCUUCGCUCUCCAUCUCCUGCCUACCCUGUGCCUCUCUCCCUGAACCCCUGACAACACUAAUACCACAUCCUGUAGAAUUCUAUCAGUUAUAUUUUAUCUGCACAAUCAGAAUGAAUUUCAGGGACCAAAAACCUUUUUCCUGUACAUUCUGAGCAGGAGCAGUCACCAUUAAGAAAAAGAGGCUGGAAUAGGCCAAUAUAUAUGUGGACUGUCCUGCUAUCUAGUGACCUUUCUUUUUUAAGUUCCCAAAGUUCUUAACCUAGCUCAUGGUUGUCAUCUGAACUAGCCAACUGCUUUUAACUGAUAAUCACAGUCGGUCCAUCAUUGCAGUUAAGUCUGCAACAGGGAAAUGCAUGUAUUGGGUCCUCCUGAUGGCAUUUGAGAUUGAAUUCAUUUUCUUCUCCUUCCGCCAUGCUGUUCCUGUGGCCUCCCUGCUGCUUCUUCUUUUUAAAUAAUCUUUUUAAAGAACCCAAACUUUUUGUGCUGCUUGCAGUCAGCAAUUGCGACCACGCUUCAGCAGAGCAAAUCUGUUGAGUAAGGCUGUGCUGUUUGUACAUAGUUACCUCCCGCUGUGCUUUUUCAAACAGAACAGGUGAGGGAGGUCACACUUUUAACAGUUGUGGUUCCUUGUCAUGAAUUGCUUGAGUGCCCGGUGAAACUUUUUUUGGCAGCAGAACCAGGAGGCCUAACUGCACCUCUGUUACAUACAGCAGAGCUGCAGCUGGGCACCUUAUCAAGUGGAAGACCUGGUUUUGUUUACUUUUUGUUUCUGGCACAUCCGCUAUCUGUCGGUGAAAACUGGCUCCAAGUUAUGGUACAUGAACUUGCCUAUUACUUACAGGCCAGGAAAUAGCAGACAUGCCCCCAGGGAGCCGUCUCGCACCCAUCAGACCCAAUCCACUUCCUAAUGAACCAGCCAUCUGAUAAGUGUCCAUCUAAAUGGAUGUCAUUAAGAAACUUCCCUCUCCUGAUAGAACCAUUUGCCUUGAGUCAUUAACAACUCUUACCAUCCCCAUUGGCUGGGCCAGGAGCAGCUUGUGAUGUGGAAACCCCAGUUAAAAAGCAAAGGAAGCCAGAUCCCCCCCCCCCCAUGACCAUAUUAUUGCAAUACUUUGACCAGCUGAAUAUUCACAAAAUUAUGUGCAAGCUUUUGAGUUCUCCAGAACUCUUCGCAUAGCUGUCAACUUUCAGAUUUGAAAAUAAGGGAUCAGCAGCCUCACCUGUCCCGGGGACAGUCUACGGGAUAUCUAACAAUCUGGGAUAGCAGCAGGAAGCAGCGGGAAACGGCGCUGGAAUAAGGGAAUUUCCCACAAAAAAAAGGGAAGGUUGACAGCUAUGUCUUCGUCAGGCUAGGCAGUAAACAAAGGGGGGGAAAGCAGGGGAAGAGAAGUUUAUUAGUGCUUGUAUGCCUAUCAUAUUUACACGAUGGCACAAGUGACUACCUGCCAGACUAGCUGGUAUGUGUCAUAUUUGCAUGGCACAAUAGAUAUCUGUCCUCUCCCCUCUUUUCUUGGUGAAGAGUUCUGGAGAACUCAAAAGCUUGCGCAUGAUUUAGUGACCUUUUAAUUAGCCAAAUAACAGUAUUGCACUGAUAUAAAUGUUUAAACCCCAGUUGGUAAUGCCUGAGGGCAGAGUCAGAAAUUGGUCAACCUAAGAAGAUGUUGUCCACCAUGAUCCAGGUUUAAAUAAGCGCAUGAUGAUAGUAUAAUGAUUUUUAAUAUAAAAAAUCUAGUCACUUCUAUAGAGCGUGUACAGCUACAAUCAGUGCAGAGCCACUGUAGAGCUAGAUGGACCAACGGUUUGAGACAGCUUUGUAGACUCAAAAUCGGAAGAAGUCUGGCUGCCAAUUAGCUACCAGGCUAAGUUUAGGGUGCCGGUUUUGGCAUAUAAAGCCCUAUGUUUGGGACCAGGAUACCUGAAAGACCAUCUCGUACAUCCCAUUGAUCACUGCACCCUGCAGGUGAGGGCUUCCCUCAGGUACCAUCUUACCUAGAGGACCCUUUAGUGUUGUGAUACCUACCCUUUGAAAUUCUGCUCCCCUUGAAUAUUAGCCAGGCGCCGUCUCUGUUGCUGUUUCGGUGCCCCACUAAAGACCUUCCUCUUUUCCACAAGCCUUUUCGGUCGAGAUUUAUCCCAGUCUGCAGCUGCCUUGGAAUUGUUUUUGGAUGUUUUAAACCAGGGGUCAGCAACCUUUUUCAGCUAUGGGCCGGUCCACCAUCCCUCAGACCAUGUGGUGGGCAAGGCUAUAUUUUGGGGGGGAAAUAAUGAACAAAUUCUUAUGCCCUGCAAAUAAGCCAGAGAUGCAUUUUAAAUAAAAGGACACAUUCUGCUCAUGCAAAAACACCAGGCAGGCCCCACAAAUAACCCAGAGAUGCAUUUUCAAUAAAAGGACACAUUCUACUCAUGUAAAAACACGCUGAUUCCCGGACCGUCUGUGGGCCGGAUUGAGAAGGCGAUUGGGCCGCAUCUGGCCCACGGGCCUUAGGUUGCCUACCCCUAUUUUAAAUGGUUUUUAAUAAUUGAAUUUAUACCAUGCCCUUCCUCCCAGAGGAGUCCAGGGCAGCGUUUGUGUGUUUGCCUUCCUGGACCCCUUUUCAGAAGGGAAGGUGGGGAAUAUAAAAUAAGUUAAGUAAGUAGUUUUUGCCUGGCAAGGGUUUGAAGGAACAGAAGCAACCGGGAGGGUGAAAGAAUUGGGAUUCCACAUGUGUCUCAUCCUGCCCAUUUCUUCUCUCCCCCUAAACCCAUCCUGCCAAUGGAAGUUGACAGCUCUCAAUUUUGAUGCGCGAGGCAGCCAGCUGGGAGAGGCCUGGUGUUCGCAGGGCUGCCUGGUUCUGGCGGGGGCCGGAGUAGCAGCUCUCUGGCCGGAUCUUUGAUUCUCUGUUCUCUGGGGUUGCAAUUUAGCUGCUGCAGGAGCCGUCACGUGGUCCCGCUCCGUGUGGAAUAUAUCGUUGGGCCGGUCUCCUGCCCCUUGAGCGGCAGGCAAAAGAUGGGGAGCGGAGAGUGAUUGUGUUUGCAGCACAAAGAGGGAAAUCAAGAAAUGGGCCGAGGAGCAGGGAGGACGUGGGAGAAAAGCUAACAAGCUGCACCCAGCUCCAGGGUUUUGUUUUGUGGGGUGGGGGUGGCGGGCUGUAUUUAUUUAAGAAAUUUAUAUGCUUCCCAUUGUUCCAGAGGCCGCAAAAGGCAGUUUGCAGUAUGGUGAUUUAGUAAAACAUGAGUUGCUUUGGGAGCAGAGGCAAGAUAUAAAUUCUGCUAAUAAUGGGAAUGAUAAACAUAGGGUUGUGUUAUACGUAAAUUCAGCUCAGAGUAGACCCAUUGAAAUAAAAGGAUGUGAGUUCAUCCUGCUGAUUCAUUUCGACAGCUAUCCUGUGACUGGAGACGGCUCUCCAUAACUCAAAUAAAAUUCAAACAUUUAAAACACUUUUCAUAAAUACAGUUUGUAAUAACGUGCAACACAUAAUAAGCACUUUUGGCAAGGUGUUGUUGGGGAACCUUUGUCCCCUGAUUUUCUACUGUCAAGGUUGUUACUAGUAUAUUUAUAUCCUGCUUUCCCCCCAGAUGGAGACUCAAGGGGGCUUUAGCUGGGGCGGGGGCAGGUUCUGUGGGACGUGUCUUUUAUUUGUAUAGAUAUGGUUCUUGGGUUUUAUUUUUCAUCUGUAUUUGCAGUUGGCAUUAGUGUUGGCAGUUGUGUUUGUAAAGUCACUUUAGGUCACUUUGUUGUGAGCUGUCCCUCCAAAGGGGAGGCCAACAAAUUCUGAAAAGAAAUAUUCUCCCUCAUGUGCUGGAUAGCUUGGGAAGCACAGCUCUGGUUUCUAGUAGAAGGAAUAGGAUCUUGCAGCCUGGUGUGUGGGUUUAUUAUUAUUAUUUUUUAAAGAAAAAUUGGUUUUCCAUUCACAUGCUUCUAGCACUGUGGGUUCUUGUAAGCCUCUUCUGAUUAUUCAGCAAUAUUGUCCCAUUACGGCUUUGAAACCUCAUUUCAGCACAAUCUUUUCAGCCUCGGGGUUUUCACAUGCCAUGAAAGCACAAGACAGUUUAUUACAUGUUUCUGUGCAUCUGGGGAAGGCCUCCCCCCCCUAUUUUUUUCCUUUCCGGGACAGGCUGUAGCUAUUGAAUUUCAAGCAGUCCUGCAUGAAGUCUAACUGAUCCAGGAGAAAGAAGAGAAGCCUUUGUGUGUGUGUGUGUGUGUGUGUGUGUGUGUGUGUGUAACUAUUUAGGAAGGAGAGGUUUUGAGCCUUGAGGAUCACCUUUCAGCAUGAAGCCAGAUUUUAUUCGUUUAUUGAUGUCUUAUCCCUCUCUGCCAGGCAUGUAUGGGGUGUUAGGGGAGGGGCAGUACCCCUGAUGGGGGACACGUCGUGCUCCUUCUGGGGUAGUUUGCCCGGUCCCCAUGCUGCACACAGCUCUCUCUUGCGGCUCCUGGAAGCUGUCAGCAUGUGACAGCGGCCAUACCCCAGGAACAGCUUCUAAAAAAAAGGAAAAGGAACCCUAACAGUUAAGUCCAGUCGCGAACGACUCUGGGGUUGCGGCGCUCAUCUCACUUUACUGGCCGAGGGAGCCGGCGUUUGUCCGCAGACAGUUUUUCUGGGUCAUGUGGCCAGCAUGACUAAGCUGCUUCUGGCGAACCAGAGCAGCGCACGGAAACGCCGUUUACCUUCCCGCCGGAGCGGUAUCUAUUUAUCUACUUGCACUUUGACGUGCUUUCGAACUGCUAGGUUGGCAGAAGCAGGGACCAAACAAUGGGAGCUCACCCCGUUGUGGGGAUUCAAACCGCGACCUCCUGAUUGGCAAGUCCUAGGCUCUGUGGUUUAGACCCCAGCUAAACCAGGUGAGGGUAGCCAAAGGGUCUCAAACUCUUAGUGAGUUAGGGGCUUCCCUUGCUUGUGAAGACAGGCUCCGGUGGAUGGAGCAGAUGAGAUCAGUAGUGGGUCCAAUGGUCAAUAAGACAGUUUCUGCAAACUGUGGCAAGAGAAACUGAUGGACUAUGUGGAAUUUGCGAAACUGACACACAAACUACGUGACAAGGACAACUGUGGCUUCAAAGAAGAAUGGGAACCUUUUACAAAGUAUUUAAAGAAACAACAAAAUGAACUGGACUCCUUGGCAGGUUUUGAAUAAACAUUCACAAAUUUUUCUUUAUUGGCAAUAUAUAGAUAGAUAAAUCAAGGAUUUAUACAUUUUUAUAAUAUGCAGAGAACAAUAUUGUUGAGAAAUCAGAAAGAGGAGCUGAGGGAAGUCUAGGGGGUGGGCCUUUCUUUCUUUGGGGAGGGGGAAGGGGAAAAAGGAGGGGGGAAAGAGGAUGAUGAUGUAUUUUUGAUAAAUUCUUAUGUUGAAAUUCCUAAUAAUUUUUUUUUUUUUAAAAAAAAGACAGUUUCUGCACAUGCUGUAGAAGGAAGUGGGGGGCAGAUGCAGUUCGCCCCCCUGUCAUGGGAGCCCAUUUUAGAGAAGGGAAACUCUGACCCUAAACCUCCACUGCCUUGCGGGAGAUCUUUGGUAGAAGUAAAGGCCAAGGUGUAAACCCUACACAAAUGCGGUGGAGUCCAUAAGAUGGUUGGGUGGCGUCUUGUACGCCUCCUUCCAGCAACUCCUGCAGCCAAGCUGGUGCCAAACGUCUUGCUCUGCUUUCCUUUGGACCAAGGUCGAGAGGGGGGUCUUGUCGUCUGGGCAGCCCUGGACCUCCAUACACACUGCCCAGGCUUGUGCCCCAGGGAGGUCACUUGGGUGCUGCGAAUACAGCAGUUUGACUUCACCCCCAGAGGCACACUCCGUUGUCUCUUGAGACAGAUACCAACAGUCCCUCUCUGCCUCCUCUCGGGGCAGUGCUCCUGGGUCUCUUGAGGUCUAGAUUCAGGUUUCCAGAACCUCCUUGCUAAAGUGUCCCACUAUUGGGCUGCCUGGCCUCUGCCUCACCUGGCAGCAGCAGGCCCCUGUUUAAAUUUCCCAUUAUGCCCUAAGCUCAGCUGAUUUCAAACCGUUCGCCGUUGUGAAGUCAGGCCAUUGACAGGUUGGCAGCCCUGCCUGCCUCUCAGAUUUUGUCAGCAGAGGCGAUGGGCGUGAGGAGGGGAAAGAGAAGCAUCUGGCCAGCAGGCAGGAUUCAAAUUCCCACAAUGCCCCAGAGCAACACUAUGCCCACGGCAUUGUGGGAAAUCAAAAUGGCCAUGUGCUGCUGCUGCUGCUGCUGCUGCCAUCAGGUUGCAGGAAGGUGCAAGAGACUGAUAUCAGGCACAGCUGGUUGGCUGGAGUGCUGCACAGGAGCGCUGCAAAAUUUUGUUGCAGGCCCUACUGGUCACUACAGCUGCCAGGAACAGUGACCAUUAGGUUGGCUGAAAACAAAAUGCUGGUUUAGGUGGACUGUGUAUCUGAACCAGCAAAGCAGGCUCUCUCACCCAGAUUCUUAAACCCACAAAACCAUUUUUAUUUUUUUUACCAAAGAGAGAUUGUGGUAUCUAUCUCCAAGGCAGUGCCUGUUUUUUUCCCUUUUUAUCAGAAGGACUCCUUCCAAGUCCCUUAAAACUUAUGGUCUGUAGCAGAGCUGGGAUUAGACGUUGAUGCCAGCCUUGAUUUCCGCUUCCUAGAGCAGCGUGUGAGCCAUGAAAUGCUGCACGUUCCCUGUGUGCCAGAAUGCAGUUGCAUUAACACCUGUGCGUUUAAUAGAGCUCUGCGGAGAAAAAUUCCCCAGGGGGGUUGUCCUGCUUGAGGAGGCUUGCUUGCUCUGCGCUGGGCAGAGGCAUAAAAUAAGCUCCGCCAUGCAUCCUAAUUAAAGGGCCCGAGUCUGCUCCUUUUGAAGCCAGCGACAUAAUCAGACCAAGGACACUGAGCUAACACCUGCCACCCUAUAUUGCUGCCUAUAAAAUGCAACUUGCACCCACAGGGUUGGUAAUGUGCUGGGUUUUGCCAUCGAGGCAUCAAUUUUUUAUGUCUUGGAAGAAGGGAAAAAUCCAUUUUUCUUAUCUUCCCAAUCUCUCACCCCGCCCCCUCUUGUUCUUAUUCUUUCUUCCUCGUUUUAGUAUCUGUUUGCAUUGCAAGUCUGCACGAAGGAACUUUGGCUUUGAAAUGAAAAUACAGCCAUUUAUUUCAAUUCAAAGGAAGUGACCACAAAUCCCUUCCUUCACUCAUUCACCACAGGCAAGCCUCUCUCCCUUCUCUUUUGUCUGCUGUCUGGGGAUAAAACUGACCUUCCUCACAGGGCUGUUGUGAAAGAUUGAUGGGCGGGUUAAAAAGUAGGUGGGGGGGGGUUGUCUAGGGGGCAUGGGGGCACACAUGCAAUUGUCCCUUCUAACAUCCCUGCCCUGCAUGCAAACUCCUAACCUUCUUGGCCCGAAAGGGUCUUCUCAGAAUGUUCAUCUGAGUUCAUUUGGAAGCUCCUUUCCAACCUUCAUGAUUCCAUGUGCCAAUAUCUUCUGUGAGAGUAAUGUGUGCCUGACUCCACAGCUGUCUUCACACAUUCACUUUGAACAUGUAUGUGCGUGUAGAGGGCUUUGCUUCUCUGCAUAUCUGCUCACAAUUAAGCCUCCUUUCCAGCUGUUGGCUGGGAGGUCCUGUUGAGCAAGAAUGCCUGGAGGGGAAUUCUAAGCACAUUGGGCUGGAUGCACUUAUGAGCCUCUCUCUGUACCAGAGCACCCCCGUCAUGCUGGUUUCCUGAUUGCGGGGAACGUUCAGACUUUUCUGCUCAGUCUGGGGAGGUUGGUAGUGCAGGGGACAGGCUGACAUGUGUGUGGGGACAUUUGGGGUAGGGCUGGUGUCUGGGGUCCUACACCACAUGAUUUGACAUACUACCAUAGCUCUGUUCCUGAGCAGAGCAUUGCCAUAGUGUGUGCUGCCAAAUACAGCAGUUCUUUCCAAGGAUAUCAGGUCAAAAAGGAUUGAGGAGGUGGAAGGGGAACCAAAAUAGUUUUAUUAACAAAUAAACAGCUGGCAUACAAAACAUAACAUAAAACAUACCCAACAGGGGCUACCCAAUCUUCCCUUCAGCUGCCUGGAGCCCCAGGUAGAGCAGCAGGAGAAAGACCCUGCACGUCGGUCUCCCAGCAUCAGGUCCUUUGAUCUGGGCAGAAGCUCCUCAGGCCCCUCCCACCUAUGGCUUUUAUAGCCUGCCUUGAUGUAAUCAAGUGCCCCUGGUAUUACUCAUGAUUAGCCCAGGACCCUGAGAUGGAACUAAUACAGAGUGGCUGAGAGUCUCCCACUACCUGCAGCCGGGCAUCCAGCCAGCACUUGCAACAUGGAAGAACCCAAGAAACUCCCGACAGGUGUGCGAAACACAAGAAUCAAACUGGGGGUGUUAAAGGGAAAGGGACAUGCCACCUAACUCCUCGAAAUACAGUUGUCUUCCGCAUUUCCACUACAUUGUGUCACUUGUAUCUUGAAGCCGAUGCUGGAGAAUGUGGAUUCAGCAUUUAAGUUGAAAUGUGACUGCAUUUGCUUGCACUCUUCCAUAGCUACUCUUGCCCCUCCUGUUCCUCUCUGCUCUUUGUUGUUUUCCCCUAAGAUUGUAAACUCCUUGAGGGCAGACAGCUUUUUGUAUGCACACAAAACUUUGCCAACAACCCAGAAUGCUUUGCAUAUUGACUGCGAGUGAGAUUUGUAUGUCAAUAGUUCUGGCACUACCUUGUCCACAAAGAUGCAGAUGUUUUCUUGCUUUGGCUUUGCCCGCUAACAAGGAACAUCUGCACAGCUUGCGGCCCACCAAGCGAGACAAGUCCACCACCCACAAAUGGUGACCCAGAGGCUGUUUUUCCUGUCUGCUUUGGAUUUCUAAAAUCAGGAUUGCAGGGGAGGAGGUGUUGGCAAGCACCUGGCCAGUCAAAACUGUGUGCACGCCUUGGUGCAUCACAAAUUAUGGUAGCCCACUUUAAGAGUCUAACAUUCAGCAGCACAAUCCUAUAUUACAUUACUUUCUGAAGACAUCACACAUUGAAAACAUCCUGAUCCAGGGCUGCCUUCAGAUGUCUUCGGAAGGUAAUGUAAUUGGUUAUCACUUGUGACAUCUCUUUGCAUGCUUAUGUGGAAGCAAGUCCAUUGAGAUCGUUGCGUCUUCCUUCCAGGUAUAGCACUGCAGGCUUGAGCAUGGUUUUUUGGCUGGUGGGUGGUGACCCAUAACAGGGUCCAGCGGCCCCCAACCUAAGGUGGGUCAGGCCACUAGCUCCAGGACCAUUUUCAUUCUUGAUUUCUUCAAAUUGUUCCAAGUACGAGGGGGGUAGCAGAAGGAGAGGGAUGCAGAGGAUGAGUUAAAAAGGUCUGGGAGUGGAUUGGAAGAGAUGGGAGAAAGACAAACAUACAACUUAAAAUCUUAAAUGGGUCCCUUUUUGAAUGUUAGGGGUAAAGAUGAGGUCUUUGCCUGAAAAGGUUGAAGAUGGCUAUAACUGCAUUCCUCAGUCUUUUACAGUGCAAUCUUGGGUUUACUUUUCAGUAAGCCUUUCAUCUCUCUCUCCUUUGAGAGCUAAAGACAGCCACAGAGCCAGACUACAUUUAGGAUCCAAGUCGGGAGAUAUGGCGACUAUAGAGAGAGUAGCUAUCUUGAUGUUUUAAGUUAAUGGCUAGACCGUGUAAUGGGUGGUUGCAGACAUCUCAUCUCUGAUGUCCUUGGCUAUGAGAGAACACAUCUAGGCAGCAUCUGUAUCUGCUUGGCUGCCUUCUUGCUCCUGGCAAGGCUCCUGAGCUCAGGUAGAACAGCAUCUACAUUUUGAGAAAGGGACUAUAUUGCUCUUUGAGGAGGUGAGGGGGGCAUGCAGGAGCACAGCUAGAUGAUGAACAAACAGAGAGAAGAGCCACAGAGUCCUUGCAGGUUUGGAACCUGCAAAUGCUGGGAUGGGUGGCUGCGCAAGCAGGCUGGGACUUGUAUAUUGGGGGCGACUGAGGAGGAGGAAGAGGCAGGUGCCCAAACUCAAAGCCUGACUUGACAGUGAAGCUCACAAGGUGACUUUGGACUAUCCUAGUCUACCUCCCAGGACUGUUGUGAGGAUAAAAUGGCGGGGGGUGGGGCAGAUGGAAAGGACAUAACCUCUUGGAUAUAUUGGAUAUACAUCAUGCAAACUGGGCAACUUUCCAUCAUUUCUCUUAUUUUUGCAUAAAUUAUGCUUUAAUUUUUAACUAGUUUCCAUGAUUUAUUCUGCAUAACUUUGAACUCUCUUUCCCCUGCCUGUUGGAAAGCACCACCAAUUACUUUGAAGAUGCAACUUAAUGGGUUUCCUUGAUUAUUAAGCUGUGCCCUGUCUUUUUAUAUAACAAUGCUUUAUUGCAUUUUUGUAUUUUGUCCUACUGUUUCUGUAGUUUGCACAGAUGGUUUAUAUAUAGCCAAGGCUGUGGCAAUGGGUGAAUCAAGACCCUCUUGGGGUACUAAUGCUGUGAACCUCUCCAUUGUAAGCUCAGGUUGUAUAUAUGUGUAAAUAAACCAUAUAUCAUAACGACACCGCAGUCUCUACUGUCCCUUAUUCUAAUGGAAAUACGAACCCUGGGUAAAAGCGCCUGGAACCCCUGGAAUUUUGCACCACUUGGAGAUUGGGAUGGCAUGCAGUAAUAUAAAUCUCUAGUGUCAAAGGCCACAAUAAAGAUAAAGUGUCUUCAGCUGAAAGCUGUGUAGUGACAAAACCAGAAUUCCACAACUUUGGGGCUACCACAGAGAAUGCCCUCUCCCUGCAGAUGCCAAGGUUAAGAGGGUCUAAGAGGGUCCAUAGGGAAGGAGAUGCUUUUUUCAGAUACUUGGGGGUCUUAGUUGUUUAAGGCUUUAAACGCUAAUGUGAGCAUAUUGAAUUGGCCCCGGGAACAAGCUGGGUUUCACUGCUGCUGUUUCAAAACUGGGGUUAUGCGAAUUCUAAACAGAACCCCAGCCAGGAAUCUGGCUGCUCCAUUUUGGACCCGUUGAAGUUUCUCGUUCUUAGGCUUCUCCCAAUACAAACUCAGCCCGGCCAUCCCUUCCAACAGAUGACAGUCCUCUCUAAAGUUGGACAUGUGGCCUCUCCUUGGCCCAUGCCCAACUCUAACCACUGCACUGUGUUGGCUCUGUAAAUAAUCACUACCGUAUGGGAGGAGAUGUGGGUCAGUGGUGACCGUGUACUCCCCCCCUUUCCUGGACGUGUGUAGUUGGCCUUUAGCCUUGUGUUGGAACCAGGCCUGAGCUGAUGAUGCUCAGAAGCCAAGUUUGAGGCUUGCAGUUUGCAUUUUUCAUUUUUCUGGCGGCUCAGACUAUGGAAGUGCCUCCUGUCACAGUAUUUCAGUAUUUUUUUUUUCAUUUUACUUUAAGACAGCAAUGCACUCUUGGCUUCUCUUUCUGUGUGAAAAGGGCAAGAUGGUUUUAGCUUUCACCUGGCUCUCUCUUCCCCUCUGUGCCGAGGCUAAAUUGUCCUUCUGGGGUUUAAAAGAUGUUUCCUCCUGUGGUUUUCUGCUGCUUCAGGAAAUGGCUCCUCUGAGGCGUCUGUGGGUUGUCUCAAGCCACCCAGAGGAGGGGUCUGGCAACUCUUCCCUCCUUUCAAGAAGUGAGUAGCAACUUCGCAAGUGAUGCUUGUGAAGAUGCAGGUGAGAAUCAGGUAUCCUGGAGACUGAUGGAAUUGUAGCAUCAUUUUGUCGUCAGGAUGUUAUCUGUCAUUCAGUCUUCACAACAGCAAAAGAAUACUUUAUUAGCUUAACUUAGGGUAUUGCAGAGCAUUCACAGUGCUUCAUCCUAGGGGUGUGGAGAAGAUUUGGAGGGGUCCCAAAUAAAGAACGGAAGCAGACAAUCUUUGGACACAGAUUCAGCGCUUGUCCCGGCCAAAGCACCAUCUCUCCACAGGGCUUUGAACUGAAACAGAGACCUCCAAAGCGCUUGCGACACUUGGAAAUUCAGGUGCUGAAGAAACCCACACGCACUACCUGUCUGCAAAACCUGGAACAUUUCUCCCCAAGCUUGCUACACAGGCAUCUCCCCAUUUAAAGCGGUAAAGAGACCCCUGACCAUUAGGUCCAGUUGUGGUCAACUCUGGGGUUGCGACGCUCAUCUCACUUUACUGGCCAAGGGAGCUUCUGGGUCAUGUGGCCAGCAUGACUAAGCCGCUUCUGGCGAACCAGAGCAGUGCAAGGAAACGCCGUUUACCUUCCCACCGGAGUGGUACCUAUUUAUCUACUUGCACUUUGAGGUGCUUUCAAACUGCUAGGUUGGCAGGAGCAGGGACCGAGCAACGGGAGCUCACCCUUUCGCAGGGAUUCGAACCGCCGACCUUCUGAUCAGCAAGUCCUAGGCUCUGUGGUUUAACCCACAGCGCCACCCAUGUCCCUAACUCCCCAUUUACGUUCACCCAAUUGACGCACAACCCAUGCAUGCGUGCAUCACCUCAAACCCAGAAGUGAUUUUUAAAAUGGUAGAAACUGCCCUAAAAGAGCCCAGAAAGGGCAAAAAUAAAAAAUAAAAAAAAUCAUGUGUGUGUUGGGGAGAACCCUGUGUUCUGAGCGGAGCUCUUUGGAGUAAGUGUUGGGAGAGAUGUACAGUGGUGCCCCGCAAGACGAAUGCCUCGCAAGACGAAAAACCCGCUAGACGAAAGGGUUUUCCGUUUUUCGAUGCGCUUCGCAGGACGAAUUUCCCUAUGGGCUUGCUUCGCAAGACGAAAAUGUCUUGCGAGUCUUGAGAUUUUUUUUCGCUUCCCCCCCCUUUUUCUAAGCCGCUAAGCCGCUAAUAGCCUUUUAGCCGCUAAGCCUUUAAUAGCUGCUAAACUGCUAAUAGCGCUAAUCUGCUAAGCCGCUAAUAGGGUUGCUUCGCAAGACGAAAAAACCGCUAGACGAAGAGACUCGCGGAACGGAUUAAUUUCGUCUUGCGAGGCACCACUGUAAUAAAUGAGUAAAAAAAGUUAAAGCCUGGCUAGUGUGUAGCCAUGAAACCCCCCACAAUUCUGCAAGAGAUGUCCUCCCUCAGCAAAAAGAGCCACAUGCCCAUGGUUCUGCCGGCCCCCUUCCCUCUCUCUCACACACACAUAGUGAGUUAGCAUUGCAGGCUCUAUUACAGUGGUACCUCGGGUUAAGUACUUAAUUCGUUCCGGAGGUCCGUACUUAACCUGAAACUGUUCUUAACCUGAAGCACCACUUUAGCUAAUGGGGCCUCCUGCUGCCGCCGCGCCGCCGGAGCACGAUUUCUGUUCUCAUCCUGAAGCAAAGUUCUUAACCUGAAGCACUAUUUCUGGGUUAGCGGAGUCUGUAACCUGAAGCGUAUGUAACCUGAGGUACCACUGUACAUCUGAAAACUUUAUUUUCUACAUUUCCCCCUCUCCUCCCUUUUCUGCAGCCAGCCACCUCAGAGCGGAAUCAGAGAUACUCUGAUGCUGCCUUUUCUCCACAAGCAGCAUGCAUGCUCUGGCUGACCGACAGCCUGGCUGCUCCCUCUGACUCCUCCUCUUUGCGUUCCUGUUCCUGGGCAGAUAUUCUGCACGCCGGCGUGUAGGCUGGUGAGGGACACGGAGCCCAGGUUCCUUCCUUCCCUGUACACGCCUGGGGUGCAAAGAGAGAGGGGAGGCAUUCAGUUCCUUUGUCUAGACAACAUCCUGGAGUAAGUCUGCCCAAACCGGGGAAAUGUUUUGAGACGUGCUUUUUCUGACACCCUUGAGCCUCGGAGCUGCGGUGGUGGUUUGGAAGAGGCAGGACUGCUCUGUUGUGUCCUGUCAGCAGCUGUUCAUAGCCAAACAUCUGGCCUCCUGACAGCAGCAACAUUCCAGGUGAACGCUAGAAGAGAUGGGGUUAGUCACUGCAGAGAUCUCUGCAGCGUAAGAUCCCAGGGUGUGGUCUGAAGGCAGAGGAGGUGAACACCUUGCAGAUGCUAAGAAGGUCCGGGUUGGGUCAGUGCCUGGAUGGGAGACUGCAUGGGAGAAACAUGUUCGUUGCCUUGGGUUCUUUGCUGGGAGAAACGCGGGUUGCAAAUGCAACAAAACGUACACAACCAUAAAUGGAGAGUGAUGCUUACACUUUUCUGCAAGCGCAGAAUUUGACAGAGAGCGAGAGGGCACAAGUUCCUGGUCCUCACGACUGAAAACAAACUAAUGAAAAUCGAAUGCUGAAUCUGACCCCCAGCACUCAACAGGUGGGAUUCUAUUGCGCUGCAUAGCCAAACAGGUGGCAAUAGCAGAAUAAUGGAUUUCUGGAACAGCACAUAAUUUGGCUCUUAUUGCAGAAUUUUAUGGCCAUGUGAUAGGGCUUAUAUUUAUAUAGCUUGAAUUCGUCUAGCCCCUGACUUGCUUUGUAGGGGAGAAGAAAUCUAAACCUGGCGGGGCCUUGCUCUUUCUUGCCCUCCCACCCCCGUUUUCUGAAGCAGUGCUUCAGCUGUUUUUAUAGUAUUCCCAAAAGCCAGUCUUUUCAUCAGUAUGCUUUGUAGCAAUUGUCCAGCUGGGUCAAAGGGUCUGUUGGUUUUCUAUUUGCCCUGGACCUUUGGCAAUCUUUUCCAAGGGAGCUGAUUGUUCUGGCCAGCUGUGAGCGUUUGUAACAACCCUGACGCCACAUUCCAGAGGCCAGAAAUGCAUCUGCAGCAGCCAGAAAGAUUUCCAAGAAAUAUUUAGACUUUGCAGAUGGGUGUUUCCAUCUCUCUCUCUCUCUCUCUCUCUCCCCUCCCUUCUCCUUUUCAGAAUGUGUUUUGGCUGCUCUUUGCCUUCUGCUUCCAAUAAAACCAGCUUAGUCCUCCCACACCCCCUUAGUAUUUUUGUUCUGGGUGUCCUUCCCCCCUGUGUCUGCACAGACAGGGACAAAGGAUCAUCCUUAUCUGUGUGGCCCUGACACAUGCAAUAGCUGAAGAGAAGUCAGUCACGCACAGUCAAGGGGAAGGGUGGGAAAAAGCGCAAAGAGGCUCACGCGCAGCUGAUGUAACAUCCACAUCAGAUGUAAAUUGUUGCCUGCAUGCCAUUCCUGUUCACCUUUGGCUACCAGUGCUGAUAACGCCAAGGUUGCAAGUUCAGUCCCUGUAUGGGACAACUGCAUUGCAGAGGGUUGGACUAGAUGAUCUGUCCCAACUCUAUGAUUCUAUGAUAUAGAUCAACAUACAGCUUCCAUCCCACCCAACAAUCAUCUCAGAAGAUGAAGCAAGCCUUAGAACUGCCGGGGAAUAGACGUAGUUCAGCAGUAGAACAUCUACAUUGCAUGCAGAAAGACCUCAGAUUCAGUCCCCAGCAUCUCCAGGAACAAGCUGGAAGAGAUCCCUGCCUGAAAUUCUGGAGAUUUGCCGACAGUUAGUUCUGUAAAGGUAAAGGGACCCCUGACCAUUAGGUCCAGUCAUGGCCGAAUCUGGGGUUGUGGCGCUCAUCUCGCUUUAUUGGCCAAGGGAGCCGGCGUACAGCUUCCGGGUCAUGUGGCCAGCAUGACUAAGCCGCUUCUGAAGAACCAGAGCAGCGCAUGGAAAUGCCGUUUACCUUCCCACCAGAGCGGUACCUAUCUAUCUACUUGCACUUUGAUGUGCUUUUGAACUGCUAGGUUGGCAGGAGCAGGGACCGAGCAACGGGAGCUCACCCCGUCGCGGGGAUUCAAACCACUGACCUUCUGAUCGGCAAGUCCUAGGCUCUGUGGUUUAACCCACAGUGCCACCCACUUCCCAUUUGGCUACCAGGCUAGUGCUUAAAUGCAAGGCAAAUUCACAGAGGACAAGGCUCUCAAUGGCUACUAAACAUGGAUGGCUGUGCUCUGCCCACUUGGCUGGAGGUAGUAAUGCUUCUGAAUGCAAGUUGCUGGAAACCACAGGAGGAGAGAGGGCUUUGGUGGGGCAUCUGGUUGGCCACCGUGAGAACAGGACGCUGGAGUAGCUGGGCCAUUGGUCCGAUCCAGCAGGCUCUUCUUACCUUCUUAAGGCUUCUGCAAGCUAUAAUGAUCUCUAAUGUGAUGCCCUGCAAAUCCAGCUUUUGGCUUCAAAGGGUUGGGAUUUUGCUGUACCCUAAGGACUUCUCCACCCUUGCUAAUUUAAUCUUGUUUACUGCAGUUGAUUAACUCAGGCACAGCGCUGCUGCUAGCAGUAUGCUUCUACAGUGGUACCUUGGGUUGCAUAUGCUUCAGGUUACAGACGCUUCAGGUUACAGACUCCGCUAACCCAGAAAUAGUACCUCGGGUUAAGAACUUUGCUUCAGGAUGAGAACAGAAAUUGUGAUCCGGUGGCGCAGCGGCAGCAUGAGGCCCCAUGAGCUAAAGUGGUGCUUCAGGUUAAGAACAGUUUCAGGUUAAGUACGGACCUCCAGAACAAAUUAAGUACUUAACCCGAGGUACCACUGUAAAAGCUUUUCCUCGCACAUGAUUGAAUCUUCUUCACUAUAGUUGAUGGACUCACGAAUGUUACCUGUGUUUAUUUUUUGAAAUCCCAGACCACGCUGAAUUAGAUCAUUUCCCAAGUGUGCAAGACCCUAUUGUUUUUAUUUGUUAAAGCGGACUGGAAGUGGAGACAGGAAAGAGCAGUGAGGUUUUUUUGGUUUGUGGAUAGCCCUAAAUUAUAUGAAACUGCGAAGAUCCAAGCAGACCACAGAGAGCUCCCAAAGGAUCUCUCCAAAUUGGGCAAACGGGCCACGAAAUGUCAAAAGAUAUUCGUUCUGUGUUCCAAGUGAUUGUUUUUAGUAAAAUAAAAUAAAUCCCUAAUUUCACAUGGCAUUGAUGGGGGGUCUGACCAGGAAAGAGAUUUUGGCAUCAUGGUAGAUUGCUCAAUGAAAAAGUUGAUCCAGUAUGCAUGAACCGUGUGAUGUCUUUCUAUACAUCUGUGGUCCUGACCUAUUUGGAAUAUUGUGUCGUUCUGGUUCCCGCUUUUCCAAUAUAUGCAGUGUUGGAAAAGGUGAAGAGAAGAGCAACCGAAAUUCAGUUUAAUUUAUUGCAUUUAUGUUCCAUGUUUUUCUCCAAAGAUCUCAAAGCGGUCUGCAUGGUUCUUCCCCAUCCCAUUUAAAGUUCUCAAGGGGUCAGAGCACAUCAUCCCAGAGCUAUGGUUCCCAAUUGGUGGUCUGCGGAGGCACAUCCCCAUCAAUGGGGACAUCCUAUUUUGGGGGGCUGUGAUCUCGCAAGGGUCAUGUGACUCGCAUGGGAGCACGGCCCAGUUUUGCACUGGGGAAUGUUGGAAGGUAUGGUGGCACCAUUCACAUGAUAAAAACUGGCAAAGAGGUGUCAAGAUUUUCAAAAGUAGGGGGUCCAUAACUUGGCUUUUGAAAAACAGGGGGUCCACGGUGCUUAGCUAAUUGAGAGCCGUUACCCUAGAGGAAACACUAAAGGCAUUUGGUUUUUUCUAGUUUUGGGCUGACUAAGGCAGGGUUCACAGAGGGUUGGUAUACAGUAUAUUGAUAUUUUACAAGAUUUAUUUACCUUUUUUUAACACUCUGAGUGGUUUACAUAUUCAUAAUCUUUCUUAUUUAUUUUAUUCAUCCAUAAAAGCAUUCCUUUACUGCUGUAUCAUGAAUUAUCAGGGUGGUGUACAACAAAUAAUAAUAAUAGUAAUAAUACUACAAAUAAUCAUUAAAGUCACUGGCUAAUUAAACAGCCACAAAGGCCUGCUGCCAUUUAAAUAAAAAAUAUUCAGGAGAUGCCUGAAAGUCAAAAGUGAUGUUGGCUUCUGGUUGAGGCUGUUAUGACUGCAAUACCAAUAAAAUCAAACAAGUAGACAUAAUAAAACAGAACAUUCAAGAUAAUGGGCAGAGUGGAUGAAGCGAACAGAGAGAGAUUUCUUUUACAAUAUUAGAGCCCAGGGUCAUUCAGUGACGCUGAACGUUGGCGGGAGUUCGGGAUAGACCAAGAAGGAGGUGAUCUUCACGCAGCCCAUAUGGAAUUUGCUACCACAAGGUAUGCGUGAACAUCUCUGGGCUGCUUUGAACAGGGAUUUAAGACAUAUUCGUGGAGGAUAAGGAGCUCUAGAUGGUGUAUGUGGUUCUCACAAUAACCCUGUAAGGUACCGUAUUUUUUGCUCUAUAAGACUCACUUUUUCCCUCCUAAAAAGUAAGGGGAAAUGUGUGUGUGUCUUAUGGAGCGAAUGCAGGCUGCGCAGCUAUAACAGAAGCCAAAACAGCAAGAGGGAUUGCUGCUUUCACUGCGCAGGCUUCUGAGAUUCAGAAUAUUUUUUUUCUUGUUUUCCUCCUCCAAAAACUAGGUGCGUCUUACGGUCUGGUGCGUUUUAUAGAGCGAAAAAUACGGUAGUUUAGGCUGAGAGACAGUGGAUGGCCCAAGGUCACCCAGGGAGCUUCAUGGUUGAGUGGGGAUUCGAACCCUAAUCUCCCAGGUCAUAGCCAAACAUUCUAACCAUGACACCUUGCUGACUGUGCAGUAUACUACUUCCAGAAUCAAAGGUAGCAUGCCUCCAAGUACUAGAUGCUGGAGAAGAACAGCGAGAGAGGGCUUUGCACCACUUCCUGCUUUUGGUCUUCCUGGAGGCAUCUGGUUGGGGGCUGCUGUGGGAAGCAGACUAGAUAGACCUUCAGUCUGAGCCACCAGGGCUCUUCUUACCGCUUUAAACACUGAAUUCACUUCCUGUGUUUAGAAGAGGGAAACCGAAGGCCUUCUUCCAAAACCAUCCCGUGGCUUCGGUGCAAUUAUAGACAGAAAGUUGAACGGCGCCCAGGAGCUGCCGUCUGAGGUUUUAUACCUCGAGCUGCCCGAGGGUCACUGAGCACUGAGUGUGACACAGGGCUGCAUCUGUAUUGCAGCACUGUUACUGAAGGAUAGAAACAGCAACAGGCGAGAAGUGAGUUGGCUGUAGCCAAAGUCCAGUUGCAGUCAUGUUCGUAUGACGAGGUUGAGAUGACAAAGUUGGCUCCAGAGGGGGGCUACCACGUGCUUUCCACAUCCACCCCAGGGUUCGAAAUUAGCAGGGCGCCAGGCGCAUUUCACACCUAAAGAUUCUUCAUUUGCGAGCACCUCAAAAAGCUUGGGUGCCAUUUUUUGCACAUGGCUGACAGUCAAGGAUUACUGAAACGUAUGUGCUUUGAAGCCUCAAAGUACCGUGGUACCUCGGGUUAAGAACUUAAUUUGUUCUGGAGGUCCGUUCUUAACCUGAAACUGUUCUUAACCUGAAGCGCCACUUUAGCUAAUGGGGCCUCCCGCUGCCGCCACGUCGCCGCUGUGUGAUUUCUGUUCCCAUCCUGAAGCAAAGUUCUUAACCUGAGGUACUAUUUCUGGGUUAGUGGAGUCUGUAACCUGAAGUGUCUGUAACCUGAAGCGUCUGUAACCCAAGGUACCACUGUAUAUGUUAAGGAGUUUAACAACAGAGAGUAGAGUGUUUUGGAAACUAAAGCAUGGUACCAAUAUUUUUUGUGGUAAACACAUUAAACAUGUAUUAACCAUUUCUGUUAAAAAUGUGAUAUUAACAAUGUGUCACUUAGGUGAAUUGCGUAUUAGUUCAUGCUUAUCAAAAUAAUAAAUAAAGUGUUGCUGACUCUCUCCCCCCUCCCAAAAUGGCAACUAAACAUUCUGUUUUGGCGCCCACAGCCCAGGUCCCAGGAGCCAUUUGGCUCCUAGCUUUUCUAUUCCAGUUUCUAAUACUGAUCCAUCCAUGGGAACCUUUAUAAAUGUGUGAUAUGGCCCUUCGUACCACCUUCUCUCCCAGCAUCUCUAGGUAAAAAGAUCUCUGGUACCCUUGUACGCCUCCUUCUGGGAAAUCCUGCAUCCCAGCUGGUGCCAGACAUCUUGCUCUGCUUUCCUUUGGACCAUAUCAGUGAGUCUGGGGGGGGCGGGUCUUGUCAUCCGGGCUGCCCAGGACCUCCAUAUUCAAUGCCCAGGCUUGUGCCCCGGGGAGAUCACUUAGAUGCUGCUAACGCAGUGGUUUGACUUCACCUCUGGAGGCGGACUCCAUUGUCUGUUGAGGCAGUUGGAGGCCAACAUAACCAGAGCUGUCAAAGACCUCUCUCUCCCUGAGAACCUGGGGCAGAUUGAGGAGCCAUUGCUGGCUAGGUGGCCCAAUGGUCUGAAUCAAUGGUUCUCAAAGUGGGUGGGUGGGGAUUACCUAGGGGGACGCUGGAGUUGUAAAUGACUAUCAGGCUUUGAAAAUCUGGUAUCAAUGGAUCAAGUUCACCAGUGUUGUUAAAUUAAUUAAACUUAGUAGUUUUAAUUGGAUUUUGAAUAAAAUGUGCAAUCGCUUGUUACUGUUUUGAUUUUUAAAAAAUUGUGUUAUCAUCUUCCUUAGCAGGUUGUUCAGACUGCUAUUCUGAAUAAUGCUUUUUGCAGGCUAGGGGGAACUGGGGAUAGGUUCAUGAAACCAAAGGGUUGGUGGCCCAUAGGAGUUUGGGAACUGUUGCUCUGAUUGCUGUAUAAGGGAACUAUAUUAUUGUUUAUUAGAUUUGCAUACCAUCCCUCAUCCACAGAUCUCAGGGCAGUUCAAAAUAUAAAAUUACAACACAGAAACCACAAAAUUCGUAGUGAAAAUAAGAACAACAAACAGCAAUCCCUGCUCCCACAACACAUUUAAAAGGGCAUCGGAUGUCAUUUACUCAAGGCCAUGUUGAAGAGGAACGUUUUCACCUGGAGCCUAAAGGUGUAUAAUGAAGGCUGCAGACGAACCUCCCUGGGGAGCCACCACAGAAAAGACCCCGUUCUCGUGUUGCCACCCUCUGGACCUCAUGUGGAGGAGACACACAAAGAAGGGUCUCAGAGGAUGAUAACACAAUCUGGGUCGUUUUAUAUGGGGAGAGGCGGUCCUUGAGGUAUUGCAGUCCUGAGCCCUUUAAGGCUUUAUAGGUCAAAACCAGCACUUUGAAUUGGGCCUGGAAGCUAAUUGGCAGCCAGUGCAGUCAGGCCAAGAUUAGUGUGGUAGUCUCAGACCGUUUUGGCCCAGUGAGCAACCUGGUUGCAAAAUUCAGGUGCAGUCCUAUGUACAAGAUGUUGCAGUAAUCUAAGCUAGAGGUUACCAGAUCACAGGCAACAGUAGUUCCUGGGUUCAUGUGCUGCCAUGACUUCUGUGUUCUGGUGAGAAAUUGCCAAUACCGCAGUGACCUUUGCCUUGAAUACCUGGAGGAUCAAAGUCCGUCAAUAAUGAAAUAAGUCACUGGGUCUUCUAACGUCCCUCCUUUAUGUAUUUUGCUUCUGAUUCUGUGUCGCCGGUGGAUUCCAGGGAGCUUAACUGGAAACCUGGUGCUCUUUUAACCAGCAGGAGUUAAAGCCCUUUGGAGAAGACUGGCUGCAACGGAAGCCCUUUGGGGAUUUCUUUUUUAAUUCCUUGUUUUCCUUUCCCUUGCAGCUGUGUAAAUGAGUAUGGAAGAUUAUGACUUUCUCUUCAAGAUAGUUUUAAUUGGGAACGCUGGCGUGGGGAAGACCUGCUUAGUGCGGCGGUUUACUCAGGUAAGGUGGCAUUUUAGGGUUGUUGAUGCUUUGGGCGGACAAGAAGGACAGGACAGAUGUGUACACAGCACAUUCAUAUAUGUGUUAGUAGCUAGGACCCAGGAGAAUCUCGGCCAUCUUCUCCUGGUAUGAGGCAGAACUGUACCAUCAGCUAAUUCCCCCCUGGCCUCCUCACUGGCCCAAAUAGGACUAAUUCAGCCAGCUAGCCCUGGUGAUUAUCUAAUGUUUAUUAAAUGGAUUUCACCAAAAUUGAUUUCUGAACUUUGAAUUUUAUUGUUAUUCAUGUUUUUAUACUGUAUUUUAUGCUGCUUUUACAAUUAAGUGUUUUAAAUUUGUUGUUAGCUGCCCUGAGCCCGGUUUCUGAACCGGGAAGGGCAGGGUAUAAAUAAAAAAUUAUUAUCAUUUAUUAUUAUCAUAUAGUAAGAGAGGGCAUCAGCCAACGCAGGAGUGGCUUGCCUGUGACCUUCCGGGUGUUCCCAUAUACUUGUAUCAGGGUGGCCAGUCUGGCGAUCUCCCUAUGUUUCUGGACUCCCAACUCCCAUCAUCCCCAGCCAGAUUGGCCUCUUGUCAGGGAUGAUGGGAGUGGGAGUCCAACAGCAUUUGAAGGGCUGCAGGCUCUCCAUCUUUGAACUGCAGUCUCUGCUGCUGCUUGUGCUGCUGCUGCUGGGUUUUGGGGCAGGAUGAACCUCAAGGGUGAAUACAGGCCGGGGAAAUCCUGUUGGACCAUGCACAUCGUUUGAGGAUUGCAGCAUCAAACAGGAACUUGGAGGUUUUUAAACAGAGGAUGGAUGGUGAUCCGCUGGGGAUUCUUUAGCUGUGGUACCUGCAUCGCUGGGGGGUUGCAGGGGCUUGCAGAGCCAGGCAGAGGCCCGGGCCAGGUAGAUAAUGUGCCCCCCUUUUUUUUACCCUGGGGAUAGCUGAAGUCUUAUAAAUAAGUAAGUACAGUGGUAUCUUGGGAUGCGAACAGGAUCCGUUCCAGAGCCCCGUUCGCAUCCAGAAGCAAACGUAACUGGUGACGGCACAUUUGCGCACAUGCGCGUCUCUUUUCGCCGCUUCUGUGCAUGCAUGUGACGUCAUUUUGAGUGUCUGCGCAUGGCGAGCGGCGAAACCCGGAAGUAACGCGCUCCGUUACUUCCGGGUUGCCGCAGAGCGCAACUCGAACAUGCUCAACAUGAAGCAUAUUCAACCCAAGGUAUGACUGUAUAUAAAUAAUUUUCACAAAAGUUAUGCUGACAAAUAAUUUUAUUUCAAGGCUUUAACCAUAUCUGCAUAUAAAGACAAAAUGGAAAAUAUAGUUAUUGCGAUUGUGAAUAUGCUGACUAAGGCCCCCUUUGGAAUCGGAGGCCCGGGCCAAGUGGCCCAUAUGGCCCCCCCUCUGUCUGGGCCUGGGGGGUGGGACUAGAUGACCAAGUUGCAGGGGAGUGUUCUCUUGUGCUGCAGACUUCCUAUAGGAUGCAGACCCAGAUGGGCUCUUGUUAUAUUUCUAUGAGCAGGUGAUGCCACUUUGGUGGAAGGAAAGUAAUAACAGAAAACUGGCUUUCCCCUUCCCUUUCUGUGCAAGAAGACAUUGAAAGGGUCAGCGGCGACAUUGCAUUUGCCUGGUAGAAAGGAAGUUCUUGCCGAGUGGUUGCGUAACGCACGGAAUGUUUCUUGGCAGUUCUGCAUCUUAAACAGUCAGCACUUCUUCCCCGUGGAGACCUUUCAAAGAAUGUGCCUGGAAAUAUUCUCUUUUCUAUGGGCAGCCUGCCAUGGGGGAUGGAGCGAAGUUGACCCCCCACCCCUGGGGAAGUGGGGGUGGGGAAUCAAAACACCAGCUUAUCCACUCCACAGCCCGUCCCUGUAAGUGUUCCGAGGGAUGGAGGUGUCCAACAAAACAAGAGGAACAAGUUGUGGUGCAGAGCUAACAAAAGAGGCAGCUGGUGCUUUGCUUGCUUGCUUGCUCUGUUCCAACAGCGCCGACUUAAAAUUCUGCUGGGAGCACUGCAGACUGACUGAACUCGCUGUGAUUUGGUGGUUUCUGGGAGACAUCUCCAGGUGAUUUGUGUUCCUUUGCAAGGAACAUAAAUCUUGCUUGCUGCGCACACGGGGGGAAAACAAAACCACCCAAACAUCUCUUCUGUAUAAAAAGUUGCGGGGAGGUGAGAGAGAAUCUGCACGUAUUUCACUUUUGAGAAAUACUGGGCUUUUCAGCUACCUCUCAUAGCUUCCAAACAUUAUUAUUUUUUUGCUCCAUUGGGCUGGUCCUCCAUGUCAGAUGGGAUUUGCACAACUUGGUCCCCCAUCUUCUGAAAAACCGGCCGCAGAACAGUAGCUUGGGGGGGGUGUUGUGAAGUGGUUUCUCUGAGCUGGACGAGGGAAAACAGUGUACGAGAAAUCCAAAUGAAAUCCAAAGUGUGCAGCUCAGGAGAGUAUUGGCCAUGCGUUUUACGAAGGGAGGACAGUGUCCCCAAGGGACUCUGGAGACCAUCUGUGCACGGAACUGCAGAUGUCAAUUCCUUGGCCACGUUCCCCAGCCACUGAAUGAUGCCUCCUUGCCUGCAAAAAACCUAGAAUUGGACCUGUUGGUGGUGCCUCAUUGAUUGCCAUUAUGCUGCAGGGCUGUUGCCUUGAGCAAAAUUCUACUGUUGCAGGAAAUCUGAAAAUUUCCCUCUAGCCUUCCGUAAAGAAGAGAUUCAGAAGAGGCAUGUAAUGACACAGAGCCUCAAGUCAGAACAUUGAUCGGUGUUCACAAGAUUCUUCCACUAGGACAAUGGCAGUGUGAAAUGUCCAACAUUCCUUAUGCUGAAAAUGAUUUAUGAACAAUGUUUGUUUUCCCUUCUCAAGGGUCUUUUUCCACCAGGGCAAGGUGCCACAAUCGGCGUUGACUUUAUGAUUAAGACAGUGGAGAUCAAUGGUGAAAAAGUAAAGGUAAGGGUUUGCUUGGUUGUUUUCCUCCACUUUGAGUUGAUUUGACAUAAGGAAAAACAGUUUUCUCUGUUAAAAUAUAUGACCACUCAGGGAAAUACCUGGGAUCUUGGGAUUGGAACUCUCAUAUUGGCGCCAUGUUGUGUGAUGUAUGAAAACUCUGCAUCCUAUGAGUUUCCCCUUCAUAUGGAACUUCCCUGUGGCAGCAGUGGGGAUUCCCAUAGAAGGAUCUCAUUUCCCCUGUCUUUCACUCUGCCUCAUCCUCUGCCCCCCACCUCCUAUGAACCAAAGAUCAGGUCUCCCAAUCAAUUGGGAGAAAGCAACUAAGAAAGAGACUGUAGAGGAAAGUGGCUGGGAGGCUAGGGGUUAAGCAUCUCACUCUCCCACCUGUGGCUUCUCUCUACUGAAAAUCCCUCCUGGCGCUUGCUUUGCAUGUUGGAGGUGAAUGUUGGCGAUCCAGAGUCUAAUAAAUGGCCUUUACUACUGGGCUUAGCUGGCAACCUAUAAGUAUAUUGGCGGCUUUGGAAGGGGUAUUGUGAAUGGUUGCUAUAGCACGGCAAGUGCAGAUUGCCUAAGGGCCCCUCCAGGCACUCUUUUUAUUGUGCAUUCAAUAUUAUUUGUGCCUAUUAUGCUAUUAGGUUGGUUAUACAUGCUCUCACUUUCAGCAAUAUUUGCACCUGCAAAGGUUUUCAUAAGGACACCCAGCUUUGCUUCAGAUUGGUGCAUGUCCUUUAACUUCCUGCUGAAAUAUCUUAUAUUCUAGGGUUGCCAUAUUUAAAACACUGUAACUAUGGACAGAAAAGUUGUUAAGCUUUUUGGGAGGGGAGGGGAGGGGGCCAAAGUUGUUGAGCUUUUUGGGCAAAAUUGCUUUAUGGGCUCCCAUACAUCUAAGACAUUUCCCCGAUUUCCGUACAGACGUAUGGCAAGUUUUCUGGGGGAGCAUUGUAGAGCAACUAAUAGAGUAGAGUGAUAUGUGGACUGUGCAGUAUAAAUCCAGCACUAAUGCAAUAUUGUUGGAUUCAAUGACAUGUUGCAGAAUACACCCGGGGGGGGGGGGGAACCUACCAGUCUGGAGGGGCCCUAAGUUGUUGUAGGGCAAGGGUAGGGAACCUUUUCUGGUGGGCAGCCCGUUCCUUAUCCCAGUCCCGGAAGGGCUGCCCACCUGCCCAGUUACAUUCCCCCAUCACUUUGCAUGCAUAUGCAGUAUCCACAUGAGGCUGGUUCCAAGGAGAAUCACCGGGGAUGUCAUGCAUACAUACAUAAUUUUAUUUGUAUGUCACUUUUCCAUAGAUGAAACCAUGCUCAAGGUGGCUUUAAAAGAGUUACAUAAUUACAGACAUAACAAAAGUAGUAAUAAACAAUAAAGUAUCAAAAAUACACAACCAAAAUUAAACAAUUUCCCCAUAAAAUUCAGAAGAUCUAAAAUAAAGAUACAAAAAUUAGUAUCAUUAACAGCGACAGCCCCCCUCUCAACAACCCCCCCCAAAUACCCCAGCCCAAGAGUCAUCUCAGCUUCAUGCCUCCUGUUGUAAAUCUCAAAAUGCAGAAAGGGUUGUGUCUGUGUCAUAAAGUAGACAGGGCACGAGAGAAGUUUGUAUCAUCACGAAUCAUGGAAGGAGCUAAGAGAGAGCGAUCCAUCCCUUCCGUUUCUCCUAAUAAAGUUCAGGGUGAAGCCGUGGGCCUUUUGACAUGUAAUACAACCUUGUUUUAAACAGAUCCAGCAAGGCACUUUUCGACAUUCUUAAAACGGGGUUGGGUUUAUCGGGUGGCAUACGGAAGAAAUAUUGCCUACGUUGAGACAUUCUCGGGAAGGAAAUUGGGGUCAAUGAGACAUUCUAAUUGAGGAUUUUGUACUAAUGCAGUCGCUUUCUCCUUCCCACCCACCCACCCCAAUCAUUUUUCCUCCCUUGUUAUGGGAAAAAAAGCUGCAGAUCUGGGACACGGCAGGACAAGAGCGAUUUCGGUCCAUUACUCAAAGUUACUAUCGCAGUGCUAAUGCAUUAAUACUGACCUAUGACAUCACCUGCGAAGAGUCCUUCCGAUGCCUCCCAGAGUGGCUGCGGGAGAUAGAGCAGUACGCCAGCAAUAAGGUCAUCACCGUCCUAGUGGGUAAGAGGCAUUGAUGCAAGGGGAGCCUUAAUAGCAAAUCCAUGGGUGGCAGAGUUGGGCAGGGGGAGUUGGAGCACAGGGCCACUGGAAGCAUUGGCGGAAGGGAGAUAUGUGUGGCCUGCCUUCUUUGGACACAGCUAUGCGCUGCGCUAGGCUUAAUGCCAGCGAUUUUUAGCAAGGAUAUGGAGGCCCAAGGUCUCAAAACGGCUCCUGGAGCAGUUUUAUAGAGCUGUUGAUUGCCGUUGGCAGAUUUUAUUGGAGUAGUAAAGAGGCUGCAUGCAGCCAGGGCUGGUCACUUCCAAGGAGCGCAGGGAAGGAAGGAGAAAGAGAGUCCAGAAUUCCACGCUUCACCUCUCUUACGAGUUUUGUAUGGCAUGAUGGCAAGCCCACAAAUUGCAGUGUUUUCUUAACUUAACCAAGCAGCCUGCUCCCCAUGCCCAUUUCCAGUGUUCAGAGGUGACUGACGUUGCUUAUGCAGGCAAAACACCAGUAUCUGUGCACAGGAAGGAAGCAUCUGCAGGCUCAGGGAAACCCCAAGAUUUGCCCGUACCCAAAAAAACCACACUACCCUUUAGGGAAACAGUGCAAAAGGGGAAGGGAGAAACAGCUUCCCCAAAAACAUAGCUGAAUGAGAAAUGCAUUAGCUUAGUGGCCAUGGAAUGCUUUUCUUUGUGAGGACCGAGGGAGCAAAUGGCGAGGGAGGAUCAAAUGGAGUCUCCAGAACUGGAGUAUCCUGCAAGGCAAUAUUUUGUUGCAGCCCCCACUAGUAGCUCAGAAACCCAUGGUUGCAUCUACAUGCUCUUUUUGCACUGAAAUUUUAUUCUGAAUACCCAGAAAAGUAAUGUGGUUCUCCCACACACACACACAUACCCCCCCACUGCUCCUAGGAGGGCUUACUGGCUAGACAAUUCCCCGUGCUGGGUCGCAUCUUCUCCUCUGGCUCCUUUUCAAAUGGAAACUCUUCCAGUCAUUUAAGUGUGUUGGGACAGGGGUACAAAAUGGGCACCAGGGAUUGUACAGAUAUAUUGACCACUUUGUUAUUAAAAACAAACUACAACAAAACUUAAGGCUUUCCUUCCUGUUUGAAAUAAUUGGACUUGAUGAUAGAAGGCAGAUGCUUUAGUUGAGAUUUCUGCAUUGCAGAGGGUGGUACUAAUUGACCCUCAGGGUCCCGUCCAACUGUACAGUUCUACCAUUCCAAGAUGAGCUAGUUAUCAACUUUUUGGGUUUAGUUAGGGCAGCUGGCCAGCUGCAAUGGCACCGCGGCUGCUUCUCAUUGGCUUUGUGCUUGCAGCCUAACAGUAUGAAGCACAUUUACCCCUUGAAUACGGACAAGGGACAGGGAGAGAAAAUGGGAGGUGUGCAGAGCUGCUGCUCACCUCCUUUAGGUUGCAGUAGUGCCCAUACCUGGGAACGUGGGGUGUGGAUGACACAUCUGGAAGUGGGAGAUAUAAAUUCUGGUUUUGUGCCCCUCCUCCUUCCUGCUGAGUUCUGCAAAGGCGAUGCUGAGAGGGGUCAGCAAACUUUUUCAGCAGGGGUCUGGUCCACUAUCCCUUAGACCUUGUGGGUGCCGGACUAUAUUUUGGAAAAAUAAAUAAAUGAACGGAUUCCUGUGCUCCACAAAUAACCCAGAGAUGCAUUUUAAAUAAAAGGACACAUUCUACUCAUGUAAAAACAUGUUGAUUCCUGGACCGUCCGUGGGUCGGAUUUAGAAGGCGAUUAGACGAGAUCCGGCCCCUGGGCCUUAGUUUGCCAACCCAUGGCUGAGACUAAGGAGGAAGCCAGCAGCCUGAGCUGGUUAUAAGAAGGCAAGCAAGGUGGGGAGUAGUUGAGGGUUGGUGGGUCAGUGCCCCAUUCAUCCUAAUGGACCAGCCUCCACUGCUCUGUAGGGUGGGGUUUUUAGUUUUCGUUGGCUUCUGCUGCCUGCAGCCAAGCUAAUCUCCUCCGUCUGCUUUGUUUACGCAGGGAACAAGAUUGAUUUAGCGGAUAAAAGAGAAGUCUCCCAACAAAGAGCGGAGGAAUUUUCCGAAGCCCAAGACAUGUACUAUCUGGAGACUUCGGCUAAAGAAUCGGAUAACGUGGAAAAACUCUUUCUCGACUUGGCUUGCCGGCUGAUCAGCGAAGCGCGGCAAAACACGCUUGUGAACAAUGUGGAAUCCCCGUUGCCCGGGGAAGGGAAAAGUAUCAGCUAUUUGACUUGCUGCAAUUUCAACUGAUAACCAGUCGAGCCCCCGAGGGUUAUGACUCUUCUUUCUCGCCAAGGCCUGUCUUGACAAAGGCCGCUCCUGCCACCUCAACCCAAUCUGACUGGCGGAUGUCGUCAGGUUCACAACCUUGAAGCAUGGCAGGCUGGCCACUUCGCCUGCGGGGUCAGCGUAGCAGAAAUAUAACCUGGUUUAAUUUUUUUAAGAUAUAUAUACACACACACACAAAUAUAUAUAAAAAUGUAAUUCCCCUGUAAUCUGGAGGUGGUGAGGAUUCACAAGGGUGCUCUAGGUAUCCGAUGGCAAGCGGAAGCCAGGUCUUCGUUUCACUUCCAGGAAGCAACUAGGGAAACUUCCUUGGAAUUACUGAGUAAUGCAAGUUCUCUCUUGCACCAUUUCUCUCCCCCCCCCGACCUUUUAAUAAGUGUAAUGCACAUUAGCCAUCAUGCAGCUGUCAUGGCCUGCCAGCUAAGCAAUGACCUGUGUAUAUAGAUAAGGCCCAAAUCAUUUGGUUUCUAGGGCACAGCCCCUGAAAAUAUGUUUCUUUUGGGGGGUGGGGGUGGGAAAUAAGUGUUAAUGCCUCUCAUGUCCAUACACUUUCAUCGACAUGGAAGUUAAAAAUAGAAAUGCCAAUAUUUUGAAACCAACAAGAGUGGAGAUUGGCUCUCUCACUUCUUUGGGUACUAAUAGUUUGGCUAACUUUUCCCCCAGGCGAAAUUUUAGAUGCGAUCCAUAACUGCCCGCUCUGUUUUGUACAGAAGCCAGGAACUGUUCACUAGAAAGCACCAAUUGUAAAACAAACAAACAAACAAAAAACCCCUUUUUGCUGGUAGAAACAAAUACACCACAGGUCUCAUUUUGCCUGGAUGCUGUUUCUGUGGGUUGAAAGAGUUGGUUUUAGCUUAUUAAAGAGGAGUAUUAAAAAUCCUCUGUGAACAUGACCUGAACAAAUAAGUGUUCUGAAGUUUGCAAUUAAAAUCUUGCACCGUCCUGGCAUGUAGUGGAGCUUUCUGUUCCCACUUUCCAUCAUACGGAAAUGACCCGAUGAAGGUGUUUUGAAUAUAGUUAAUUAUUUCGGGAGUUAGCAGAAAUAGUUCCAGGACUGGUUCAUUGGAAUGCUGGGUAACUUGGGAAUUUGGACAGCAAUAUAGAAUUGUCUGUUUAAAGGCAUAUUACAACACAAGGAUUCUGAGAUUUUUGGGGGGCUGGCCAAAUGUAUCCAUGUGUUCACUUUAAGCACAGAUGCCACUUGUGGUGUGCACUGCUAAAUGUAAAAAAGAAAGUGUGAGGAAGACCUUACCAAAGGAGUAAAACCCCAAGAUAAGUCCUGAUAAUAGCUGUCCAGAACAGCAGUACAGUCUGCAGAAGGAUCGAUACUGAGCGUGCUUUUAAUUAAAGCAGAAGCAGCCGCCGCCACGGUACUGGACUCAAAUCCAUUUGUGGAAAUGUAUUUCUCAUUGGGAAGCGAGCGCACAAUUUCAUAGGGUUUUUAUAUGCUUUAGGAAUAAAACAGAAAAUGGCAGCGCAUGUUCUGAUCUUUACUGAGGCUGCGACCAUCUUGCAAAGCUGUAGCUCCUAAGAAGCGAAUUCAAAUUGCAGCGUCAAAAAGCCUUCCUUUAUAAUGUAGUCGCUUGCAGGCUCACGAUUGUAGUUCAUCUAAUUUGUCCGCUGCGCUCUCCUGGGCUCAACUGUGUGUGCGCGUGUGUAUCUGUAUGUAAAACUCUUGGCUUGGGCAUUCCCCUCAGUCCCAAACCACGAAAGUUGGAAGCAGUGUGAAAUGUGUCCUGCCCUCAUCUCCAUUGUUACUGCACCUCUUGUGCCAUGCUCAAAGAACGCACCCAGAUUCUGCAAAUUGGAUGCUGGAAGAAGAAUCACAGGGGCAGAGAUGGCCAGCUUUUUUCCUCAGAUCUUGGUGUUGACUCGCUUACCCUGCAAGGAAGGGCGAACUGUCUGGUUCAUGAUGGACCUGCAAUGGAUUGUAAUUUUAGUAUUAAUUCGCUGGUUAUUCUGUAUUUAGUAUUAAUUAGUUCAAUUAUGUGCAGAAGAAGAAUGGGCACUGUUUGCUGGGGACUCGACAGGUGCAUCUCCCCUGGUGAAAGGGGAACAUGUGAAAAGGCAUGGAUACAUGAUGCGCUCUGUGUAUCAACCCUUUGUUUAAAGAGGGCUUGCUUUUACUCGAGGUGCUUCUAGGAGGCUGUGCCCGAUCACCGACAAGGCGAUCUCUUCUGCAUUGAAAAAGAAGCUGCUAAAGUUUUAGCCUUUUUUUGAGAAUAAAGUCAACAUUUUAAAAA